UGGAGUUGCUCAAAGACUACGAUAUGACUAUUCUUUAUCACCCAAGCAAAGCAAAUGUUGUAGCAGAUGCCUUGAGUCAGAAGGCGGUAAGUAUGGAUAGUCUAGACAUGUUACAGGUUGGCGAGCUUCCUUUAGCUAGGGAUGUCCAAUCCCUGGCCAAUAGCUUUGUGAGACUUGAUAGUUCAGAAUCUGGUAAGGUGUUUGCUUAUAUGGAGGCUAGGUCAUCCUUGUUGGAGCAGAUUCGGGCUCAACAGUUUGAUGAUGGUGAUUUAUGUAAGAUUAGGGAUAAGGUUUUAAACGGAGAAGCCAAGGCUGCAUUUCUUGAUAGUGAGGGAGUUUUGAGGAUUAAGGGUCGUAUAUGUGUUCCUCGUACAGGUGAUUUGACUAGAUUGAUCAUGGAGGAGGCUCAUAGUUCAAGGUACUCUAUUCAUCCGGGGGCUACUAAGAUGUAUCGUUACUUGAAGCAACACUAUUGGUGGUGUCGUAUGAAGAGGGACAUAGUAGAUUUUGUAUCUCGAUGUUUGAAUUGUCAGCAAGUGAAGUAUGAACACCAAAAGCCUGGAGGUAUGACUUAGAGGAUGCCCAUACCUGAGUGGAAGUGGGAGCGCAU